AUGAACCGCGUCAGCAUCACCGCGCUGGGCGCCGUCAACACCGUCGUCGCGGGCGUGCUGACCUGGACCAAGACCCGCGGCCUGCCGGACGUCCUGCGGCGGCGCGAGGCCGAGCUCCGCAGGGUGCAGGACUGGAUCGAGGAGACGGAGGCGCUGCUGGCGCUCGGCGUCGUCGGCGAGACGCGCCAAGAGGUCGGCGCCCUCAUCGACGAGGCCUUCGCGCGGUGGCACCUCGCCAACGAGCGCGGGCAGGACGGCAAGCCGGAGGCGUACCGUGGCGACGAAGCCGAUGACGAGCGGAGGAAGGGCAAGGGGCCCACGACGAGAUGGCUGCGAGGGCGGUGA